UCUCGGACGUCUGAUCCUCGGCAGCUCGAGCAGAGUCCUAGGUAACUGACCGCUCCCGGCGUUUUUGUAGCUAUGCUGCCCUUUCUGACUUCGUUUUAUCGUUUCAAAAUGAGACGGACGUUUGGUUAACUCUGAAGUGAAGACAGCGGUAUCAUGAAAUGGAGAUUACUCGGGCCAGACCGUCCCUGUUUGGAGACAUUGCUCAUGGUCUAGGGUUUUGGACGGACCGCUCCGCAGUGCAUGAGGCUGCUGCACAAGGCAGGGCCCUCCAGCUGCAGCAGCUGAUCCAGGCAGGUGCAGCAGUUAACAUCGUGGCUGUGGACUCCAUCACCCCCCUGCAUGAGGCAUGUAUACAGGGACAGACCCAGUGUGUCAAACUGCUGCUUGCUGCUGGUGCACAGGUGGAUGCACGUAACAUUGAUGGCAGCACUCCACUGUGUGAUGCCUGUGCAGCCGGGAGCCUUGAAUGUGUCAAGCUGCUGCUGGAAUACGGAGCAACAGUUAACCCUCCACUGUUCACCUUCUCACCCCUUCAUGAGGCUUGCAUGGGAGGUAAUUCAGAAUGUGUUAAACUCAUGAUUGAUCAAGGAGCUUUCUUGGAAGCACACGACUGUCACUUUGGGACUCCCCUUCAUGUAGCAUGUGCCAGGCAACAUUAUGACUGCGCUAAAGUGCUCCUCAAUGCAGGUGCGAAUGUGAACGCUGCCAAGCUGCAUGAGACAGCCCUUCAUCAUGCAGCCAAAGUAAAGAACACAGGCUUGAUUGACCUACUUGUGGAGUUUGGAGGGAACGUGUACGCCAAGGACAACCUCGGCAAAAAACCUAUCAAUUACACCAGUCUAGGAUCUCCCUCUUACCUCAGCCUUGAUUUCUAUGAGAAAACACCCCUCAGUCUGCAGCAGAUCUGCAGGGUGGCUUUCAGGGUGACUUACGGGAGAAAAGCACUUGAAGUUGUUUCUGAGCUUGGCUUGCCCAACCGCAUCAUAAGCUUUCUUUCUUACAUGCCACCCCCAGUUAUCACAUUUCACCACUUAUAACAAAAUUCAGAUGCAGCCCUCAGAGGGCUUGCAGAGAUACACACAGAGACUGAUUCCUUCUGCUGGUUCUGCUGUUCUCCUGCCAGGAAAUCAUAUGACAGGAUGUUAAAUUUGCAGAAGUGCAGCAAAGGCAAACUACUGGAAAAUACUGCCAGACUUCUUAAGUAUACAGAGCUUGUAUAUCCAAGCCAUAAAAUUUGGUUUACCCAAACAAAUUAAAAAUGGCUUUAUUUGGUUGUUCACUUUAAAGUGUAGAAAUGUAAACUGUGUCUACUUGUGUUGGUCAAGUAAGAGAGCUCACUAAGCUACUGUAACCACAAGCAAACUGUGUUGACUUAGUAUUUAAGUAUUUCAGUGUGCACUGAUUUGAGUACCGGCAUUAUAGUACUGUAAGAAUUUGUAAAUAUUCCAUGACUAUUUAUAUUUAAUGUGAAUAUGUAAAUAUUACAGAUCUCAUGACUUAGUUAAAUUUGUGUAAAUAAGUAGACAGGUACAGGGCUAUUUUAAAAUGACACAGCUCACUGUUGUCUUAUGAAGAAGUAGGUUUGUUUUUCUGGCCUGGCCCACUGUUGGCAUGAGCAGGCCUGCACAGGGCAGUGGAAACAUGCCUGUCUUGUUUUUGUAAAAGCGUUUACAUCGAAACCUACUUCACUGGUACAUUCAUGGUGAAGAAAACUUCAGGAAAUACUUGAGUAUUAUUUUUAGUUGUAUUGUUUUUUAAUACAAAAAUAAAAUACAUAAGUUAUGGUGUGUAAGUUCGGUAAGUAAGGUAAGUAACACUGUAAUAACUUUAUAGAACACUAAAACUCUAGUUAAAAAAGAAAAUACAAGAUAGAAACUGCCAUUGUGAGAAACAAAACCAAAUGGCAGAAUAAAAUAUCCAUUGUGAAAACACAUUUAUGAGCACUUGGAUUUUGAGAAUCAGUUGAAAGGGUUACAUUGAUGCAACUAGUCUUUACUUCUUCAGGAAAGGUUUAUAGAGACUUUGGCAUUAGAAGACCGUUUUUUUCCUGUGCAGACUGCCAAGCGUGCCCUCACUCAAAAUCAUUCACAGUGAAAAGAAAAAAAUGACUUUUUCAUCAUGUAAAUUUGCCAUGCCAUAAUAUACAUCUGUUUAACAAUAAAUGCCAAAAGAAUUACAAAUGA